AUGGAAGAGACAGACCUGCACGAGGCUGGAUACGCAUGUGCUAAGAAUGACCGGCGUUCACGCCACCAGAUAGCGACCCUAUCAGGCGCUGUUCGCUUGCCGAUCUCCCAAAUACGUUCUCUUUUCGGCUUUUCAAGCUUCAUCUGCAAGCAAAGCCUGGAUCGCAGGAGCGGUGCUAGGACCGAUUAUCGGCAUUGCCUUGAUCGCAGCAGCAGUACUCUGGUGGAGGAGAAGAAGAAGAAGAAGAAGAAGAAGAAGAAGAAGAAGAAGGUCAAAGACGAACGACAUUGA